AUCAAGUCUAGAACAGCUUCCCCCCAGUAGCUUUUUCAACUUUCUGCAAUAAAAAGUUGUCUGCAAUGCAGUCCAGGAACUUAUUGGAUAGUCUGUGCCCUGCGGUGUUAUUUUCCCAACAUAUAUCUGGAUAUGUUGAGAGUCUCUGGGUUAGGCUAAAAGGGGUAAAAAACAUGGGUGAUGUCGUGCUGGGAGUCUACUACAGGCCACCUAAUCAGGUGGAAGAGGUGGAUGAGGCUUUUUUCAAACAACUAACAAAAUCAUCCAAAGCCCAAGAUUUGGUGGUGAUGCGGGACUUCAACUAUCCAGAUAUAUGUUGGGAAAAUAACACCGCGGGGCAUAGACUAUCCAAUAAGUUCCUGGACUGCAUUGCAGACAAAUUUUUAUUUCAGAAAGUUGAAAAAGCUACUGGGGGGAAGCUGUUCUAGAUUUGAUUUUAACAAAUAGGGAGGAACUCGUUGAGAAUUUGAAAGUAGAAGGAAGCUUGGGUGAAAGUGAUCAUGAAAUCAUAGAGUUUGCAAUUCUAAGGAAGGGUAGAAGGGAGUACAGCAAAAUAGAGACAAUGGAUUUCAGGAAGGCGGAUUUUGGUAAGCUCAGAGAGCUGAUAGGUAAGGUCCCAUGGGAAUCAAGACUGAGGGGAAAAACAACUGAGGAGAGUUGGCAGUUUUUCAAAGGGACACUAUUAAGGGCCCAAAAGCAAGCUAUUCCGAUCAUUAGGAAAGAUAGAAAAUGUGGCAAAAGACCACCUUGGCUUAACCACGAGAUCUUGCGUGACCUACAAAAUAAAAAGGCGUCAUAUAAAAAAUGGAAACUAGGUCAGAUUACAAAGGACGAAUAUAGGCAAAUAACACAGGAAUGCAGAGGCAAGAUUAGAAAGGCAAAGGCACAAAAUGAGCUCAAACUAGCUAUGGGAAUAAAGGGAAACAAGAAGACUUUUAAUCAAUACAUUAGAAGCAAGAGGAAGACCAAGGACAGGGUAGGCCCACUGCUCAGUGAGGAGGGGGAAACAGUAACGGGAGACUUGGAAAUGGCAGAGAUGCUUAAUGACUUCUUUGUUUUGGUCUUCACUGAGAAGUCUGAAGGAAUGUCUAAUAUAGUGAAUGCUUACGGAAAGAGGGUAGGUUUAGAAGAUAAAAUAAAAAAAGAGCAAGUAAAAAAUCACUUAGAAAAGUUAGAUGCCUGCAAGUCACCAGGUCCUGAUGAAAUGCAUCCUAGAAUACUCAAGGAGUUAAUAGAGGAGGUAUCUGAGCCUCUAGCUAUUAUCUUUGGGAAAUCAUGGGAGACGGGGGAGAUUCCAGAAGACUGGAAGGGGGCAAAUAUAGUGCCCAUCUAUAAAAAGGGAAAUAAAAACAACCCAGGAAACUACAGACCAGUUAGUUUAACUUCUGUGCCAGGGAAGAUAAUGGAGCAAGUAAUUAAAGAAAUCAUCUGCAAACACUUGGAAGGUGAAGAAGGUCUGCCAGUAGAUGCCAUGGUGGAUAAAACACUCCUGGUUUAUCUGCACAAGGGUUUCUAUCAUUACUACUACCAGUUGAACUGUACAACUGGUAUCAACAGUAGAUUGUUUAAGAAAAUGUUUACCAUGGACAAGGACUUAAUGAGCCAGGUUUUUCCAGCUGCAAAAAAGUAUGACCAAUUAACAGUAAAGCCACCAGUUGUGCUGCAGUAA